AUGUCCUCGCCGGCGACCGCGGACUCGGUGUGGCCGCGGGUGGCAAAGCUGCUCCUGCUGCUGCUCCAGCUGUGCGCCCCCCGAGCCUCCCCGCAGCCCCACCGCUGCCCCAACACCUGCAUCUGCACCUCCGACCUGCUGAGCUGCAGCCGGCAGACGCUGCGGUGGGUGCCCCGGGCACUGCCGCCCACCACCACCACGCUAGACCUCAGCCACAACGCCCUCAGCCAGCUCCAGGACCACUGGCUGGCCGCCCUCCCGCACCUCGAGGCCCUCCACAUCAGCCACAACCAGAUUCGGGACCUUUCUCCGCGGGCUUUCCACAACGCCUCCUUCCUGCGGCACCUGGACAUGUCCUCCAACCACCUGCAAGCUGUGGAGAGGCACUACUUCGAGGCGCUGGUGAGCCUGGAGGAGCUGCUGCUCUACGACAACCACAUCAAGCGGGUGGAUGAAAAUGCCUUUGCCAAGCUGAGCGAUCUGAGGAAAGUCUACCUGAGCUGGAACAACCUGACCACCUUCCCCUUCCAUGCUGUGCAGGGACUGGGAAUCCACAAGCUCCGCACGCUGGACCUCUCCUCCAACAGCCUGAGCAGUAUCCCCGUGGAGGUGCUGGCAGCUCUGCCCGAAAACGUCGGCAAUGGAUUGUACCUGCACAACAACCCCAUCAGGUGCAGCUGCCAGCUCUACCUGAUGCUUCAGCGCUGGAAUCAGCGAGGUUUCAGCUCCGUGAAAGAUUUCUCAGAGGAGCACACCUGCAAGGUGUCUGACCACGUGCCUCGGUCCCUGAUCAAGUUCCUCAAGCACAGAGAUAUGUUUGAGAACUGCUCGGCGAGCACUGAAGACCCACACCUCUCGCACCUGGAGGUGGUGGUGGGCCAGCCCGUCCUGCUCGCCUGUAACAGCAGUAACAGCAGCCUGCCCCACGCUGCCAGCACCUCCAUGUGGAUCACCCCUCGCCACGAGCCCAUCAAACACCCAGGGAACAGCAAUCGCUCCCUGGAGGUCUAUCGCAACGGCAGCCUGAGGAUCGCCGCAGCCAAGCCCUGGCUCUCGGGGGUCUACGUGGGCUUGGCCAUGAACAGCCCCUACAACUUCAGCAGGAUGUGCGAGUUCAACGUGACCGUCCUCUACCCCAAGGCAGCUGGGGAGACCUUCAGCACUGGCCUCACGACCCUGCUGGGCUGCAUCGUGAGCCUGGUGCUGGUGAUCAUCUACCUGUACCUGACGCCGUGCCGCUGCCUGGGCUGCUGCAGGAGGCCGGCGCCGCUGAGCCCCCCGCAGGAGUGCAGCGCCCAGUCCUCCAUCCUGAGCACCACUCCCCCGGCCACCGACGGGCCGCACCGCAAGGCCAGCGCCAACAAACACGUCGUGUUCCUGGAGCCCAUCAGGGAGACACAGAACGGCAAGAUCCGCCUGGCCCUCGGCGAGGACUUCCCCGACCCCAAGCACCCCAAGGUCCUGCAGCUCAAGUCGGACUCAGAGUCCAUCAGCUCUGUCUUUUCUGACACCCCCAUUGUAUCUUAGUGGGACAGAGCUGGGAGCAGAGCAGAGGCCUCCUGAGAGCUGGUCUGCUCCAUCGCUGCUAGAUCAGGAUUAUUGGGAAUCCUGAAUUCCUGGCUUGACCACGACCCACGGGAGUGACUGACAUCACCCACAACUGCUUCAGCCACGGGCUCCUGGUGGGUUCGGGGCCACGGGCACAUUGGUGCCCAGCACGAGCACCUUGCAUAAUCUGCUGGCAACGGCCUUGUUAGCACAUGGGUAAUGCUGAUGAACCCAGCAUGCUGGAGAAACACCCCUUCAUUUGGGCACCUGCCCUUGCUAAUGUGACACCAGGCCUGGGGGUCUGUUAUGUCCCCAGGCAGGAGAUGCCCAACCUGACAUCACUGCCACAGACCCCCCAGGCUAAGGAAUAGCUGUGACAAGUGGCACACUGUCCUGGCUCAUGCCAGGUCCUCAGGAUUGGUGAUGCCACUGUCAGCACGCGCCAUCAGCAUGUCAUGGCUGAGAGCAGGGCAGUGUGACCCUGUCACAAACGGGGGUACACACCCCCACAGCCCUCCCCAGACACGGCCGUGCAGGAGGGAUGGAGCUCAGCGCCCGACCAGCCACGCAGCCAAGCAAACCUUCCAAGCUUUUGCUUCCCGAGAAGCUGUAAAUCAUCCAGGCAGGACGAGGUGACGAGCCACAGCGCCCCAGCCCGCACUGCUCAGUGCCACCAAGGACACCGAGGUCCCCGACGCGCCACGCGCUCCCCGCUGCUUCUCCUUGAGGCGGACACGCUGCUCGAGCACAGCUAUUUAGGCAGUAACCCAAUCAGCCUAUCGAUAAAUGUGAGUAAUCCUCCCCUCUCCUGGGCCGUAAUUCUCUAGUUCCAUUGGAAUAAAAAUGCCUAUUUUUUUAAGCUCA